AUGCCGCUCAUUUUCAAUGUGAGUUAUGAGUGGAUUCCCCCCUUCCAGCUCCACUCAAUUUACAUUAUAAAUUGUAGUGUAGGUCCUGCAUUUCCUGUAUGGCUUCAAUCUCAAACUGAGCUACUUUAUGUCACCCUUCGUAGUACCAGAAUCUCAGAUUCUAUACCAGAGGAAUGGCUCUUCAACUUAUCGUCCAAAGUUGAACGUUUGGAUUUAUCUCGCAACCAAAUCCGCGGAAAGCUUCAAUCCCAACUCAAAUUUCCAAAUUUAUAUUAUAUGGAUUUGAGUCGUAAUCAAUUUGAAGGUCCACUUCCACAUUUCUCUUCUUGUGCCACUUUUCUUUAUCUCCAAAAAAAUAGUUUUUCCGGGCCUAUUCCUUCAAAUUUCGGACAACUGAUGCCCAAAUUAAGAGAGAUGAAUCUUGCGGAGAAUCACUUGAAUGGUACAAUUCCAUCCUCUCUAUGCGACAUGCAGAACUUGACAACCCUGUCCCUAAGGAGCAAUCAGUUUUACGGAGAAUUCCCCGAAGCAUGGAGUGUGUGGCAUGAUAUAUGGGUUGUUGAUGUGGCUGACAAUAACCUCUCUGGUAAUAUUCCGAGUUCAAUGGGUGUCCCGAGUUCUCUAGUUAUAUUGAAGAUGAACAACAACAAUUUUGAUGGCGAAAUUCCUAUCGAGUUGAAAAAUGCAACUUACUUGAGGAGUAUUGAUCUUGGGGGCAACAAAUUAACCGGAGGUGUUCCUUCAUGGAUCGGAUCAAACUUCUCUGUGUUGUCUACUCUGCGUUUGCACUCCAACUUUUUAAGUGGACAUAUCCCGCGCCAUCUUUGCAAUCUUCCCUACCUUCACAUCCUAGACCUUGGCCUUAACAAUCUUUCAGGGGCUAUUCCCAAGUGUUUGAAGAAUUUGACUACUUUGACUUUCUCUCCAUCCGAUACUUAUACACUGCCCGAAGGUCUUGAGGUGCAAACAACAGUCACGGCGAAAGGAAGCGAACUCGUUUAUUACAAGAUUGCUUUGAGAUGGGUAUAUAGCAUUGAUCUUUCAUCAAAUAAUUUAGAAGGCGAAAUUCCUGAAGAAAUGACCAGCCUUAUUGCAUUGGGGACCUUGAACUUGUCAGGAAAUCAGUUAAGGGGGAACACUCCCUCAACGAUUGGAAAUUUGCGUUGGUUGGAAACUCUUGAUCUUUCACACAAUCGCCUUUCGGGACAAAUUCCUCAAAGUUACUCCUCUUUAUCGCUAUUGGCUCAUGUGAACUUGUCCUUCAACAACUUGGCUGGAAGAAUUCCUUCGGGCAACCAACUCCAGACACUCGAGGACCCAUCCAUUUAUGAAGGCAAUCCAUUACUCUGUGGGGUUCCUUUAACUAAGUGCCCGGGGGACGAAACACCGCCUUUUCCCUCUAGUGAUGCUGGAAAUAAUAAAGAUGAAGAUGAUAACAUAAAGUUUUGGCUCUAUGUCAGUAUCACACUCGGCUUCAUCACAGGCUUUUGGGGAGUUUGUGGCACAUUAAUCGUAAAGAAGUCAUGGAGGUAUGCCUAUUUUCGUUUCUUUGAUGAUAUGAAAGAUAAAGUAGCAUUAGCAAUUGCAUUGAAAGUGGCUAAAAAAAUUUAUUAA